UGGACUGGACGACCCUGACACAGCUGCAUCAUGGGAAGACAGAAGACUAUUUUGGACAAGCUGGCGCGGAGCUUCCAGAUUCGUCACAUGCUUCUCCGACAGGCCUUGGCUGAAUGUUUGGGAACCCUGAUCCUGGUGAUGUUUGGCUGUGGAGCCGUUGCACAGCUGGUGUUGAGCGGGGGCUCUCAUGGCAUGUUCCUCACUGUCAACUUUGCGUUUGGAUUCGCCGCCACUUUAGGUAUCCUCGUGAGUGGCCAGGUUUCAGGCGGCCACCUAAACCCAACUGUGACCUUUGCCCUGUGUUUGCUGGGGAGAGAGCCUUGGAGGAAGUUCCCAGUGUUCUUUUUCUUCCAGACUCUCGGUGCUUUUUUAGGAUCGGGAAUCAUAUUUGGCAUGUAUUUUGAUGCAUUGUGGGACUACGCCCAAGGCACACUCAUCGUGGUGGGGAAAAACGCGACAGCCGGCAUUUUUGCCACCUACCCCUCAAAACAUCUCACCCUUCUUAACGGAUUCUUUGAUCAGAUGAUUGGCACCGCAGCCCUGAUUGUGUGCAUCCUGGCCAUAGUGGAUCCCUAUAACAACCCUAUCCCCAGAGGACUUGAGGCCUUCACCGUGGGCUUUGUGGUGCUGGUCAUCGGCCUAUCGAUGGGCUUCAACUCGGGCUAUGCUGUGAACCCGGCCAGGGACUUUGGCCCGCGCCUCUUCACCGCGUUGGCAGGCUGGGGGGGUGAGGUUUUCACAGCCUGCAGCUAUUGGUUCUUCGUGCCUAUCUUUGCCCCCUUCCUGGGUGCCGUGGUGGGGGUGAUGGUGUAUCAGCUGAUGGUGGGCUACCACGUGGAAGGGGAAGCCCGGGAGAGGAUGGAGGAGGAGGAGAAGGGUGAGAGAGAGGAGAGGCUUAAACUAUCCAGCCUCACCGCCAAGGAGUGUGCAUGAGUUUUCAUCUUUCCCCAGGUCCAUAUGUUGACCUGUCGGCUGUUAUCCACAUGUGGACAUUUUACAAUUCAGUUAUAUUCAUUUUCUCAGUUAUAUCGUGUUUUAUAUCCCGCCUAUGAUACAGUUGAACCUCUCUUUCGAUAUAAAGUAUGAAUCCAUCAAAUGAUAAGAUCAUACCAUGCUCAAAACAUUCGGAUCAUGGUACUAAUGCCUGUCUAGAACAGUAUGUUCUCUCCACAUUUCCGAGCAUGAGUCGCCAUUCUCCUUCAAACCCGAUUCAUGUAUAUGAACACAUACAAAAAGGGUAGGGAAGAUUUGCCAGCAGUAUUUACAUGUCCCUUGAUUUUCAAUUGACUAUGAAGCUUAUGUUUCAGUUAUAGUGUCAGCAACUUCUUCAAACUAGGCAAAGAACCGGAAAUGUUCCUCCUUCAUGCUUUCUAUCUGAUACAACUGUCACAACCCUGCUUUAGCACAAAAAACACCAAACAACAAAGUCAAAAGAUGAAGGAUCUCCUCACAAGUAUUUGAAAUCUGUUGUUUGCUGUUGAAUUCAUGUCUGGAUCCCAGAGAGUAGAGGGGCUGAGAUAAAACCAUGUAAAGGCAUUUUAUGACUCCUUUUGAGGGAUUCCCUAUUUUUUCCAUGAUAUUGACAUAUUUUGGUGCUGGGCAGGUGUAGCAGAUAUUUCAGAUGAUAUAUUAUUUAGUUGGUGGUAUGCACUCAUAAGUUAUAUUCAGCUGCACCAAAGUCCAUCAGAAUCAAAGAUAACAACAUAUAAUAAUAGAAGUACAGGUGAUCUAUGAUAAACCCAGAGAGCUGUUGCUAGACGUGAAUUCGCACCGACUACUUAUAAAUCUGUAGGAUCUGGUACUGGCAACAGCACCAGGUGUUGUUGUGCAAGGAUAGUUUUUUCCACCCGAUAAGUUUCACCAGAUGUGGAGCAUAUGUGCUUGUGGGUUUGGGAAAGGAGCCAAAUGUAGCUGUGGACCACAUGCUGUGCAACGUGAGCAACACAACGGUACCAGGAAGAUAAACCUACAGUAACCUAAUAAAACAUGCAUGUCAGAAAACAGCCCGCCCCCAAAAAAGGUUAACGGGUGGUUGAAGGAUCAAACAUGAAACCAUACAUGCAUAAACAAUACUGUUCAGAAUGAGAGCGAGAGAGAGACUGAAUGUAACAGCUCCAAACGAACAGCGGUGGUCCGUCGAAGGGUGUCUGGCCCUUAGGUUAACUGUUGCAAACUUGUUACUUGUCUUUCUUUCAUGUACUACUCUUUCCUAUUUUAUGUAUAAAAACAAUAAAAUGAUAUAGCACUUA